AUGCAUCUGUGUCUGGAGAAUCACUCGAAAAAUCUUGUCUCCUUCUGGCAAGGGAGAUACAAGGAUCUGGACGAGGGAAAAGAGCACUACCGCAUCCCCGACAAUGUGUGGGAGCAGAUCGGGGAGGAAACCUCUCGUGCAGGUGACACAAUUCCCUCAAGCUUUGGUCAUCGCACUCCUAACAUCUGGACUGAGCGACACUUAUUCACUGCCGAAGACUGGUCCUGUUGGAUGAUUCAUAUCGCACCCUAUGUCUUGCGAGGCCGAUUCAACAGACCAAAAUAUUAUCACCAUUUUAUGAAGUUCAACUCGAUUCUCAAACGCACGAUACAGUACUCUUUCACAGAGCAAGAUUUAAUCGAACUUGAAGACGACAUUAUUGUGUAUGUGAAAGAGCAUGAGAGUAUCUACUACCAGUUUUCUUCCGAACGACUGUCCGCAUGCCCACUCACUGUCCACGCUCUCCUUCACAUCCCUCUUGAUAUCCGCAACAAUGGACCCCCUUGUAAUAAUUGGACAUUCAUUAUGGAAAGGUGGUGUGGGUCAUUGCUCCCGUGCAUCAAAUCCCGAAGGGAACCGUUCACAUCCAUCGCCUUACGACAAUACCAGGCAGCUCAGCUCUUCGAGAUCAUUAACCGAUUCAACCUUACAGAUCUCAUGCCAAUCAACCCCGACAAAAACCUUCCCUCGCAACAUGAGAAGUAUUUGUCCCAAUCUGAUUGUGCGUUAUUGUUCUGUAUAAUUUCAACAGAUCCUAUCUCAUUCUUACGCAAUCCAGUCACGCGCUCCCAUAUCCCUGAGCCUUCCAUUCGCAAAAAAGUUGCCAAGCAACUCCGUACGUCGUUUGGCGGUACAAUGAGCUUCUGGCUGGAGCUCAUCCCGCAAGUAAUGCCGCGCUGGACCAAAGUUCGCAUUGGAAAUGGUGGGGAUCUUAUUCGUGGGGCGAUCGCUCACAGUGCAAGUGUGAACGAACGGAAUUUACGCGACGCAUCUUUUGUCCGGUAUGAACUUAACAUCGAUAUCAAAGCACAUCUCCCCAAGGCCGAGCCCGAGUUCGUCCGGCGGGUCUUUUAUGGUCGCCUCGAAUAUAUACUUGAAUGUGCCAUUCCACCAAAUAGGGUUUCAAAGAAUGGUGAGCCAAGAAUACACCUUCUUGCUGUAAUCACAACACUGGACACCGAAGGACACGAUGCAACCUCGGAAUUGACAUAUUUCAAAUCGGUCUCCUCAUAUGUCGAGGUUGUGGAUCUAAACGCUGUAUGUGCCGUUGUUGGCCGACUCAGGGUUGGGAAGGUGGAUCCACGGUGGGCAAUUGUAGAUCGCAGGGGAUCCUGGUCUCGCACCGUAUUCAAGGACGAUUCACUAUCUAUGGGUGCCCAACAGGACAUAGGUUCAUGAUGUACACGUCAUAACGCGCAUUACAAAAUAGUAAUAUUACGACUAAAAGAUUAU